AUGACAGAACUACAAGAACGACAAGAACUCUUGGCCGAUGUUGCUGAGUGGGAACGAUACCAACGCUUGAGAUAUGAUGAGCAGCAUUGGCGAUCUCUCUUCAUCUGCAUCGCAAAUUCAGAUCCAUACCCAGCGGGUCCAUCAUCUCAUAAGCGCGGCGAGCACACUUCCUUCCAAAUCAGUGAACGGUGGGACAGAAUCCCGACUUCUCUCCGGUACGAGCACAUAUUACCGGAUGGCAGCGAUUAUUGCGAUAGCGGGACAUGCUUCUGGAUGCAGGCGAGCCAUAUAGAUGAUCCAGAACGUAUUUGGAAGGUCAAAAGGACGGAAUCUUCAUUAAAUAAGGAACGUGACUAUGAAAGGGAGCUUUUUAAAAAGUGGUACGCGGCUAAGGAAAAGCUUCUCACGAGUCGGAAAGAUGGCGAUUCAGGUAUGGAUGGAACUCUCUCGCGUCAGGGCGCAGAUAGAGAGGCUCCGUUAGGGGAGAGGGGAAGGGAGAAGAAUAGUUAA